AUGACGACGCAUGAGUCCCAAGAGAACGAGCUGGGUGGUGACUAUGGAGCUGAGGUCGGCUUGGCCUACGAUGCAUGGUCGCCUGAGAAGACUAUGCUGGCAAUAGCCGAUACGGCUUGCACAAAGACAGUGGCGGGCCAUCAGUGGUACGAAGAAUACUGCGCCUGGGCUGACGCCAACCAUGUCAAGGUGGAGCCCGUGGAAGAGCGGGACAGCUUCAAGUUUGGGGCCUCUCGAGUGCAUCCAUCUCCAUUUGCAGUCUGGGCCCAUUUUGGGAUUGGUGGACAUCACGUCCGCAUCAAGGUGGCCGUCGUCCAGUGCAAGGUGCCCUUGCUCUUCAGCCGUGGAGUUCUGGCAAAGCUUGGCAUGGUCUACCGGGUGGACGAGCAGCGAGCAGAUCUUUUACGACUGCACUUGCGCAAUGUCGAGAUGCAGCUCUCUGACACAGGGCACCCUGCCUUGGUGGUUUCUGAUUUUCCUGAAGACUUUUGCCCCGCUGGACAUAGCUGGACAACUGAUCCAGAAGUCAGCGUGUUGGAGGCAUCCAGCAUCGAGCAAUAUGUGGCGGAGUCUUCGGGGGGCCGGGAACAUGUGAAGGUGUGCAACUACAUGUUUUUGAAGGUCCAUGGCAUCAAUCGUUGGACACCAAACUUUUUGAUCAAGUUGGAGGACUUUGGAUUGGUCGCAGCCGUUUUCCCAAGCGGUUCUCAAGAGGCUCUGCUCAGCCCGGUGAAGAGCGUGAGGCCUCCGGGAAUGCCAGCACAGCCCUUGUCACCAUGGCGGAUGAAUCGCCCCGAGCUGUUGGUGGCACUGGAUGCGCUGCAGAUUCCGGUGCACCCUCGGUGGACUGUGCCCGAGCUGUGGCAGACCCUGAUCGAGCAAACCAGGGUGGAAGUGGAUGUGACCCCGUUGGCUCUGAAAGGCCUGUCAAAGAUGAAUCUGGCCGACCUGAAGACCCGGUGCGACGAGGAGGGUGUAUCCCUUCCGGAGAAGCCCACCAGAGGUCUGAUGAUCAAGCUGUUGAGGGAGAAGGUGCAGCCAGCGGGGGAGCAAGUGGUCACAUUCGGCAAGUACAAGUCUUGGAUGUACAAGGAGAUCCCCGAGGCUUACCUCAAGUGGGCAAUCAAGGAGACCGACGCCAACGCCAACGCAAGCCCGGACUUGGUGAAGUUGGCACAUUGGGCCAAAGAGGACCUGGAGAAACGGGCCACACAGGCCAGGGUGGCUGGGGCGGUGCCGGCUUCCGAGGAUCCGGAAGUGAAGGCGAAGUAUCCGCCACCACCGAUGAGCCUGUCGGGGAGUUCGGCAUCAUGGUCUGUGGUGAGCGGAGGUUACACCAGCCAGAGGGGAAAGGGAACACCCAUUCCGAAGAGAGACGCGGCCACUAUGGACGCGGCUCGCAUUGCCGAGAUGGACAUGGAGCUGCCGGAGGAAGCCCAAGCAGAGAUGCUUCGGCAGCUGAUCAACGACGAGGAGGUCUCUGUGAAUGUGGAGGCUAUCGGGCUUGGCAAGCAUGAGUAUAAGGAGACAGUCGGGCUCGGCAAGUCGGCGGAUGUGGACACUUUUGAGUAUAAGGACAUGAUCGGGCCUGGCAAGACAAAGUAUGACAUUGCUCCGGAUGAGCAUGCGGGUGGUGCUGGUGUGAAGUGGUGGCCGGGAUCUAGCUUUUGGAGCCCCGAGUCGGAGGAGUCGGAAGAUUUGAGAUCGCCUCGCAAAAAGGCAAAAGAUGGCAUGAAGAGGCGGAAGAUGAACUCCAGCACCAAGCGGAAGCUUCAGCACACCAUCAGGAUCUAA